UUCUCAGAUAGGAAUAUCUAGUAUUGAAAGAAAUGAAUCCCUCACUAUAAUCCUAUCCACCCACAUCGCUUAUUAAUUAGUGUGAUAUAUUGUUGCCUCUAUUGGAACAUCGUAGAGUGAAGAAAUGAAGCCUCCUAAUAAACCAUCCUCUUCUUCUUCUUCAUACAUGUGGCCUUCUUAUUCCUUUAUGGUUCUGUUGCUUGUAUUGCCUCUGCUUCUGAUCUCAAUACUUGUUUUUACACUCGGUGAAGCACGAUAUUUGUCAUGGCCACCAUGGAAAGCCGACAAACUUCUGGGUUACACUGAUGCUCCGCUAGUUUUGUCUACCAAAAGGCCUUCUGAAUUACUUGUAGCAGCACAAUCUCCAUUAACUUCUUCAAAACCCAACGAAACAGUUCUUGAUCUCCCUCAAGUUGGUGAGAAACAAGAGAUGAUAAAGAAUAAUGAAACUUCUAUCACUUCAACAAAUGUUACAAAGAGACAUAGCAGGUUAGAGCAACUAGAAGCAAGUUUAGCUAGAGCCCGAUCCUCCAUUAGACAAGCUGCUCAAGUUCGAAAUCUAACAUCGACUGAUGAUGACCCCGACUAUGUUCCCCAAGGCCCAAUAUACAGGAAUGCAAAUGCUUUCCACAGGAGUUACUUGGAGAUGGAAAAGCUUUUCAAGAUAUAUGUGUACGAAGAAGGAGAUCCUCCAAUGUUUCAUGAUGGACCGUGUAAAAGCAUAUAUUCAACAGAGGGAAGGUUCAUCCAUGAGAUGGAAAAGGGAAACAAAUACCGAACCCAAAAUCCCGAUGAGGCCCUUAUUUAUUUCCUACCAUUUAGUGUGGUCAAGAUGGUGCAGUACCUCUACGUGCCAGAUACCCGUGAUAGAUCAGCCAUGAAGCGUGCUGUUACCGACUAUAUCAAUAUCAUUUCUGAUAAACAUCCCUUUUGGAAUCGAAGCCUUGGUGCCGAUCAUUUUAUGCUUUCUUGCCAUGAUUGGGGGCCUGUCACAUCUUCUUAUGUCCCACACUUGUUCAACAAGUCCAUUAGAGUUCUGUGCAAUGCAAAUACUUCAGAAGGAUUUAAUCCAUCUAAAGAUGUCUCAUUCCCAGAAAUCCACCUUCGAACAGGGGAAAUCAAAGGACUAAUUGGGGGUUUUUCGCCAUCACGCAGACCAAUUCUUGCUUUCUUUGCAGGCCGUCUACAUGGCCAUAUAAGGUACCUCCUUCUAGAGCAAUGGAAAGGAAAAGACCAAGAUGUGCAAGUUUAUGAUCAACUUCCAAAGGGAGUCUCUUACGACUUGAUGCUGAAGAAGAGCAAAUUUUGCUUGUGUCCCAGUGGCUAUGAAGUGGCAAGCCCCAGAGUUGUGGAAGCCAUAUAUGCAGAAUGUGUUCCGGUAUUGAUUUCGGAUAGUUAUGUACCACCUUUCAGCGAUGUUCUCAAUUGGAAGUCAUUUUCUGUACAGGUGCAGGUGAAGGAUAUACCAAAUAUCAAAAGAAUACUAACGGGAAUAUCUCAAAGUCAAUAUUUGAGAAUGCAGAGAAGAGUUAAGCAAGUGCAGAAGCAUUUUGUAGCAAAUGGACCACCAACGAGAUUCGAUGUUUUCCAUAUGAUUGUUCACUCUAUUUGGCUCAGGAGGUUGAAUGUACGGAUAGAGGAUUAGUGUUUUGAUAAAAUUGUUGCAUGUAAAAGAGAAAUGAGCUUGCGCUCAGUCUUCUUAAUAGGGAACCACAUUCCCAAGUUUUCCAAAAUGGUAGCGAAAUUUGUUUGACAAUGUAACCAAUAAAUCAACAUAUGAAAAUAGUUAAUUUUGUACUUU